AUGGAGUGUACCGAACUCAAGCACAACAUUGAAGAGGCGUGUCAAUGUAGUACUCUAUUUACUGGUCAAGUAACCUAUUCAACGGGCUCUAACCCUGACUCUCUCAAGGCAGUCGACAUCAAUGGCGACAACAAAACAGACAUUAUUGUCGCAAACUCCAGUUCGAACAAUGUCAGUGUUCUCAUCAACACAGGCAACGGCACGUUUGGUGCUCAAAAGACCUAUUUAACUGGGGCUACCCCAUACGAACUGACAGUAGUCGACGUCAAUGGCGACGGCAAACCCGACAUUAUUGUCGCAAACUUCGGUUCGAAUAAUGUCGGUGUUCUCCUCCACACAGGCAAUGGCACAUUUGGUGCUCAAAAGACCUAUUCAACUGGCAGUUCGCCAGACUCUGUGGUAGCAGUCGACAUCAAUGACGACAACAAAACAGACAUUAUUGUCGCAAACUCCGGUUCGAACAAUGUCAGUGUUCUCCUCAACAUAGGCAACGGCAUGUUUGGUGCUCAAAAGACCUAUUUAACUGGGGCUAGCCCAUACGAAGUGACAGCAGCCGAUGUCAAUGGCGACAACAAACCCGAUAUUAUUGUCGCAAACUACGGUUCGAACAAUACCGGUGUUCUUUUGAAUUGUUGCUGA